CCUGGAUUAAUCAUUCUUGGCUGGACGUACUUGUUUUCUUGUUUCUCCUCUCGUCUCCUCUUUUAUUCUCGCUCUGGCAUCGUCUCACCCGAUGUGAACAUGCCAGAGACGCCCGUGACUUCUCAUGAACCAAGCACACUCCAGCCGGGACCGACGCAGCAGUUGAACCGAUCCUGUGAGUCUUGCAGAAGUCUCAAGGUCCGCUGCCUUCCCAACCCGUCCACGCCUAACCAGUGUCAGCGAUGCGCCAGGGGGAGUAAACCCUGCGUCUUCGUGGCCCCGCAACGGCGCCGGCCCCGAAAACGAACGGAUUCGCGAGUGGCACAGCUCGAAAAAGAAAUGCGCAUGAUGCGUUCGCUGCUGAAGGAUCGAAUCCGUGAGGAAAGUGAAGAGUCUCUUGAGGGGAGCGACGUCGACGACUCCCGGGAGCAGGAAUUCGGGGACAUGGAUGUCAAAGAUAGUUUCGAUACGGUUCCCGGGGCUUCGAGCCACACAUCUGAUUCCAUUCGAUUCAUGGAAUACUCACCGGAGUUAAUCGACACUUCGCAUCCCGCGACGCACAACGAUGGAGAUCUCUCGGCACCCCCGUCUUUUGCUGCGAUGCCGAGGUUCUCGCCGGAGUCGGACAGGCCCCCUGUCAACGACGUAAUUGAUCGAGGUAUCAUUUCUCUGGAACAGGCAGAGCAACUGGUAGGGGUUUUUAUCCACGAGCUGGCUUCCCUAUUCCCCUUGGUUAUUUUGCCAUCCACAACCACGGCGGCACAGCUGCGACAAACCAAGCCGGUACUGUUCCUUUCUGUCAUCGCGGCCGCGUCCCUCUCCAUUGACGCCGGUUUGGCAGCUGUUCUCAAUCGCGAGAUGGUUCGCCUCUAUGCGGAGCGGUUCUUCAUUGAGGGCGAGAAGUCGUUAGAGUUGGUCCAGGCGCUGCUGCUCAUGAUCAUCUUCUACUUCCCACCGAGCUCGCCCCUCAAGCUGCAGUUUUAUCAGUACACCCACAUUGCCUCGACCAUGGCCCUGGAGAUAGGGCUCGCCACCAAACAACGCGUCUCAAGGAAUUCCGAGCGUAAGAGCAGACAUUACCUGCAUGACGAGCUGUUGGCUGAGCAAGCCCGCGCCGUUCUGGGCUGCUAUCAUUUGGGCUCCACGGUUGCCAUGAAAACCCGACGCCCUAAUCUGCUUCAGUUCAACGACUGGAUGGCCGAGUGUGUCAAACACCUGGACCAAUCGCCGCAUCGAACAGAUCAGCACCUGGCGGUUUGGUUCGAGCUUCAGAGAAUCACCGAUGAAGCCAUGUCCUCGUUUGGACUGGACGAUACCAGUGCCACCUCGCCCCUAACCGAGUCCCGGGUCCAAGCCGUGCUGCGAUGGUUUGACAAACGGAUGGAGACGUGGAGAAAGAAUCUUCCUGCGGAUAUGCUGACCAUGCCCAUGACCCUCGAGUAUCGGUCUGCCAUUCUUGCCAUGUACGAGCUAGGCGUAGGCGAGGGAUACCGCGAUCCUGGGGCCAUAAAACGACGAUACUUCACACUUCCAACGCUCGACGAAGCCAGCGACACGAUCGCCCCUAACGAUCCUCUCAGUGCAAUCCGCAUUGACAUCAAUAUGAAAUGGCUGAACGCAGCCCAUGAGCUCCUGGACGCCGUAUCAGGCUGCAGCAACGAAACAAUGCGGAGCCUCCCCAACCUCAUGUACACGCGGAUCGUUAUGGCGGUGACCUCACUCCUGAAGCUCCAUUUCGCCGUGCGGACCGGCGCGCUCGGCGAGGUGGUCACGCCACAGACGGUCAACGCAGGAGUCUACCUCGACGGUCUAGCCACCAAGCUAGGUGAGGCGAGCGGCGGCGGCAAGUACAAGAUCCCGAGUCGGUGGUACCAUAUCGUGGCAGUUAAAGGCCGGGGCUGGUACGAACGACUGGAGAGCCGGCAGGGCGGAUUAACUGGCGACGAUGCCGACGCGGGAGGAUCUUUGACAGCACCCGUGCCGCCAUCCGCUACCCCGCGGGUUGGUACACCAAAACCCAUGAACCCAUCCGCGAUGGAAUCCUUCUCUGUAGGGCCCGGUGUAUCUCACCUCAGUCCCGGGAUGGAGGGCAUGCGAGACGGGUACGUCAUGAGUAGUGCCGGCAUGUGGCCCAUGGAGGGCGGGCAUGGCCACAAUGCCCAUUUCUUUCACUCUCUCCCUGCUGGAUAUCAGCAGCCUCACCCGCAAUCCACAUCUCUCCCACCCUCUGUGGCGUAUGAUCCACAGCGAAUGCCUCCGCCUCAGAGCGGGGGUACCAUACCGGGCACGGGGAUGGAGCUGGAUGGGUGGCUUCCCGAUGGGAGUGUGUUUGGUAUGCCUCCGUUGCCUGAGUUCUGA